AUGCGCAUACCGCCCCAAAUGCUCUACAACGCCCUCAUUCGCACCCACCACAUCACCUCCCGCAAGAAGGUCGCCGCCCUCAAACGCGCCGCGGACACCCACCAAUGCGCCGUGCUCCUCCGGUCUGGCGGGUGUCCGGGCAUCAUAUACGUCGAGGGCGUGGGGAAGGAUCGCGUGGAGAUGUGGGUGGAUGUUGUGAGGAGAUUACGAUAUAAGGACUUUCAAUUGGCUACGAGGCCUGGCGCCUUGGAAAUCGAGAAGGAAUCGGAGAGCACAAAAAGUGGAAGGGAGGACAAUAAGUUGGGCAAGGACAAAGACAAAGUGGAAACUGGGAUUGCACUUGGUCUUGAUGAGGUUGAGAGUGUCAAGGAGUUUGGGAGUAUUAUGGCCCAGAGGGGAGUGUGGCAUUGGUGGAGGAGAGGCAUGGGAUAUGCGUGA